GUGAAAUUCGAAAGCCUUGCACGGCUCCUUUCCUUGUUCAUAACCAAUCACUAGAUCCACCUUUAGUUCAUUUGUAGGCAGUGUGUUCGCUAGACAGAGUUUCAGGGUUUCUAUCAUCAUGUUCGAUUUGAAGUUUUUUCGCGUUGCUGCUUUGGUCUGUUUGUCAUGCCUGCUGGCGAAGCUGCUCCACAUUGUGGUGAGUUGGUGGCUCCGUCGCCGAUAUCUGAAACAACGAGUACCCGAACCAUGCAAGCCACACUGGAUUCGGGGACACAUGGUGGCUGAUGAUCGCUUGGCGAGAAACGCAUACAUCGCCUAUGCUCGGAAGCUGCCACGAAUGAUGUUACAGCAGAUUGGCCCAUUCAUUUCUUCCGUUACAGUGAGCCAUCCCGACACUAUUGCGCAGGUCAUGAAAACAAACCCCCCGAAGAAUGAGCUUGCUCUAAAGCUCGCCAAGACAUGGCUGGGGAACGGUCUUGUGUUGACUCAAGGCAAACGUUGGGAACGUGAUCACCGUUUGCUCUCAAAGGCAUUCUCAAUAGAAAUGCGGCGAGAAUAUAUGCGUGCAUUCAAGGAGGCCACCAGCAUCACUCUGGACAUAUGGGAGGAGCUGCAGGCGGGCACGAGUGUGAACAUAGCGGAAUUCUUACCCAUACUGACGUUCGAUAUCAUACUGAGGUGUGCAAUGGGAGCAGAAACUACAUGCCAGACUGACAGCGACCCAAGAACACCCGCCAGGCGAUAUGGUGCGGCUACAAAGGAAAUUUCAGAAAUCAUUUACGAUCGCUACAAGAAACCCUGGUUUUAUUUUGAUUUUAUUUUCCUCAAUUCAGCAACUGGUGCCCGCUUCAAGAAGCUUCUAGCAGAAACGCACGAAUUCAGUGACCGGCUGAUUAGUAAGCGACGGGCACUACUGGAGCAGGGCGAAGAUAACGAAGGCAUGACGAGUCAGUUUGAUGAGAAGCGUCACCGAGACAUGCUCGACGUGUUGUUGACAGUGAGAGAUGAAGACGGCGUGGGUUACAGUGACACGGAUAUCCGUGAGCACGUGGACACCUUUCUCUUUGCAGGCCAUGACACUACGUCUUCCGGUUUGGAGUGGGCCAUACACUACCUCUGCCAUAACAAGCCUGUACAAGAGCGCUGCAGACGGGAGGUGAUGGAUGUUCUGGAAAAGUGUGGUGGCCUGGACAACUUUGCCCAUGAACAUCUGGCGGAGCUGCAGUAUCUUUCACAAACCAUCCAGGAAACGCUCCGUAUUGCAUCUAUUGCUCCUAUGUCCUUGAAGUCCAGCAAUAAAGCCAGCCAAGUUGAUAGCGUUCAGCUUCCUGCAGGUACCGACUAUCAGAUCAACAUCAUCGGCGUUCAUCACAACGAGCAAGUCUGGACUGACCCGGACACGUUCAAUCCUGAUCGAUUCUCGCCAGAUCAAAGCAGCACACGGAGUUCCUACGCCUUCAUCCCGUUCAGCUGUGGUCCACGUGCCUGCAUCGGCAAGCACUUUGCCAUGGAUGAGAUGAAGGUGAUACUGAGCAUGAUUCUGUCCCGGUUUCAUCUACUGCCCGAUCCAGAUGCUCCUGAGACACAAUCAACGAUGGCCAUAAUAGUCAAGCCCGAUCCUUCUGUGCGCGUGUUGCUUGAGGUGGUAUAAACCUGAAAUACGCGGGCUUGAUUGUUUUGAGUAGAACUCAACUUGAAUAGUAUGGGACACUCGAUUCGCCUUGUUCAGUUCAAGGACGGAACCGCCAGAAUGUUGCACUUCUUAUCAGGCGCUAUAAUAAUAUUAUAAACUAUACAUGUAUGUACAGUCUGCAGCUGGAUGGACAUUGCAGCGUUUACGCUGUUGUAUGUCUUACUUUGGAAGUACGCUAUUGCGAUCGUUUGUCGUCCACUUAGUCUUGUGCUAGCUAGUGAAAUGCGAGUGCAGUAUGUUCAGCACCCCCACUAUAAUUUCUGUAUCUGUAUAUUAUGCUUGGGGUGAGCACAGAUGUGCAUCAUUGAGCUGCACAUGAAAAGCCUGUAUGUUUUUUUUUGUUGUGUUUUUUUUUUAUACGAAAGUCCACUAUAUUCCCGA